GCUUGCCGCAUGCAAAGAGAAUUUCUCGCAGUGAAGUCGAAUAGUCGAUUCGGCUGGAGAUUGAAGUUGGAGUAUAAAUACGAGGUGGGGUUUAUUUUUUUGUUCAUACUUCUCUCAAGUCUCAAUCUCUGUACUAUGUUUCUCAGUUCUCAGACUAACUUCUCAUCCUUUUACUGCUUGUUUGGUCUGUGGCCUUGUGCGUGCGAGCCUCACUCUGUUUGUUCAAGGAACAAUGUCAACAGAGGGAGUUCAACCCACUGCACAAGAUAAUGGCAAUAGUGCAAAUCCAGUUCUGUCUGCACCUACUGGAAAUGGGACUGCCACAAGCCCAACUCCGCAGGCAGCAACUACAAAUGAGCAGAAUGGCAAUGCUGGGAAUGGUAAUGUUGUCGAGGAAUUACUCGACGUUGGUAAGCUUAAGAGUGUUGUUUGGCAACACUAUACCAAAGUUCGAAUUAAUGGAAUUGUCAAGGCUAAAUGCAAUUAUUGUAAGAAGCAAUUAGGUGGGGAAUCAAAUAAUGGUACUACCCACCUAAAGAAUCAC